GCUGCGUCUUUCUGGUUUAAGUUUGUAAAAAUGUCGAAGCGCAGGAAAGUUGAUGAUGAAUGUCGCGUCUUUCAAGAAAAAAGGACAACGGAUUUCUUUUUUGUAGAAGUGAAAGGAAAACCAGUAUGUUUAAUUUGUGGAGAAUCUCUCGCUGUUCUAAAGAAAAAUAAUAUUGAAAGACAUCAUACCACCAAACACGCAAAGUAUAGCACUCUGCAGGGAUCGGAACGAGCGGAGAAAAUAAAGGUGCUCAAACAUAAUUUGAUUGCACAGCAAACUUCCUUCACACGACCCAGAAAGGAACUGGACAGUGUGACUGAGGCUUGAGGCCAAUGUAGUUUCCAGGUACAUGAUGUUUCCCUGUUUUACGGUCCAAAGGAAGGUCACUUGCAGGGGUGCAAAGAACACGUAGUCUCUGUGUAAGGUCAGAAGAUUAAAAGAUCAAAUAUAUCAUUGUUAGAAAAUAGUGAAUGUAUAAGUUUUGAGCUUUGUAUUAUUUAUCUGUAAAAUAUUAAUUAAAGCUAAAAGUGUGCAAACAUUAUUUAGCAUUUUUAGUCAGGAGUAGAACGUACCUGUUUCAGCGAACCACUAGAGGUGAGGAGA